AUGGCUGCCGUGUUACCUGACGAUGUUCUGCUCCAGACAAGUUUGGAAAUCGACCAUAAGCCUUAUGUUGUCACCCUCACACGCUCCCAGUUGGUUCUGGAGGCUUCGGAAUCGGCGCCUGUGUCGGAGGGGUCGAACUAUGAGGCUUUUAUUAGAGUUAAAACAGAUAUGAUAGAUCUGAAUGAAGUUAUUGGUGUGAGAGUUGAACAUCCAGCAUCUAGUAAAGAUAAAACACUAAAUAAGGAUGUCAAUACUUAUACUGCUUUGGAGAUGUUGCCUUUACAGUUGAACGUAUUCACUGUGUAUUACAUUAUAAAAUCCAAUAAACAUAGAUGGCGCUAUAAAGCUCUGAAUAUAACAUGUCGUGACCACAAUACCAGUCAACUCUGGGUGGAAAGUAUACGCAAAACUAUACACAAUAUAUGUCCAAAUCGUCCAAAACGUCUCCUAGUUUUUAUUAACCCUAUUGGUGGAAAGAAAAAGGGGCCAAAGAUCUACAGUGAAAAAGUGGGGCCAUUGUUUGAAAUUGCUGGAAUCUACACAGAAGUCAUAGUCACUAAGAGACAGUUUCAUGCUAGAGAUGUACUGAGAGAAUGUGAUUUGUCCAAAUACGAUGGAAUAAUCUCUGUCGGUGGAGACGGCACAUUCUCUGAGAUAUUAAACGGUUUAUUGGACCGAACCAUGAGGGAUUGUGGGAUAGCUCAAACACCCCACAGCGAUCCUGUCAGUCCGAAAAUUCCAGUCGGCAUCAUUCCCGCAGGUUCGACUGAUAGUAUAGUCUAUACAACUAUAGGUAUCAGUGAUCCUGUUACUUCAGCUCUUAAUAUUAUUUUUGGAAAUAAACUAGGACUUGAUGUUUCUGCAGUUCAUCAAAGAGGGGAGUUUUUAAAAUACAGUGUUAGUUUCCUUGGUUACGGUUACUAUGGUGAUUUAGUGGCUGACAGUGAAAGGCUACGAUGGAUGGGACCAAAACGAUAUAACUGGUCUGGUUUUAAAAAGUUUUUAUCGAAGAAUACGUACGAGGGUGAAGUCUCGUUCAUUUCCUCUACAGAUACGUCUCAUCAUCCUAGAGACGGAAAUAAAUGUCUUAAAGAUUGUAGUAUAUGUAAACGAGCCAGAGAAAAUAAAAAUCAAAGUACAGGCAAAUCUAUUAGUGCUCAAAUUAGUAAACCUACAGAGAAUUGGCAGAAAGUGCGGGGACGAUUUAUUUGUAUCAACGCUCACACUAUGAGUUGUCGAUGUGCAUUGAGUCCAGAGGGCGCUUCUCCCUCCUCUCAUAUCGGUGACGGCCAUGCUGAUUUAAUAUUGAUAUCCAAUUGUUCCCGAGUGAAUUAUUUUAGACAUUUAUAUAGAUCAUCAGACAGGACCUCUGAUCAGUUUGAUUUUAAUUUUAUCCAAGUUUUUCGUGUGAAAGAGUUUAGAUUUGAUCCUCUACCAGAACACGAUGAUGACGCAGACGAGCAAACCAUGACAAAAAUCAAAGAAGGGCGAUCUCAAUUACGUCCAGCCACCAUCCGUAACAGUGUUUGGAAUUGUGAUGGUGAAAUACUGGAUCAUCCAAAUCUACAUGUAAAGGUUCACUGUCAGUUGAUACAGUUAUUUGCCGGUGGAAUUGAAGAAAUCGGCAAGGAAGAAGUAUUUCAAUGUCCGCCAUGUUGUUCUCGGAAAGAUGACAGAUAG